AUGACAAUUCUUGUUGUUGAUAACGGUGGUUAUUCAAUUAAAUAUGGCUUUUCUUCGGAUGAUCUUCCAAGAAUUUCGCCAAACUGUAUUGCAAAAUCAGUUUUUGAAAGAAAAACAUAUAUAGGAUCUCAAAUUUCAGGAUGUAAAGACUUUUCUUCACUUCGUUUUCGGCGUCCAAUUGAUAGAGGCUAUUUGGUAAAUUGGGAAUCUGAAAAAGUAAUAUGGGAUUAUUUAUUUUCUCAAAAAGACUUUAGGGUUGAUUAUAGUGAAACAUCUCUUCUUGUUACAGAACCUCCCUAUAAUUUUCCUCAAUUACAAUCAGCUUAUGAUCAAAUUAUUUUUGAAGAAUAUGAAUUUCAAUCAUAUUACAGGUUACCAUGGAACAAUAGUGAAAUCUAUGGGACAUCAAAAGAAAUGAAUAGGCCGCGAGAAUUUGCUCUUGUUAUUGAUAGUGGUUUUAGUUUUACUCAUGUAGUUCCUUAUUUUUUGAGUUAUAAUAUACAUAUUUAUAUUUUUAGGCUUAAUGUUGGAGGAAAACUUUUAACAAAUUAUUUGAAGGAAAUUAUUUCUUUUAGACAUUAUAAUAUUAUGGAAGAAUUUUCUUUGGCAGAUCAGAUUAAAAAAUCUUGUUUUUUUGUAUCUUCUAAUUUUAAUGAAGAUAUAGAAAUAAGUAAAGGGAAAAAGCCAGGAAAUGUUUCAAUUGAUUAUGUUCUUCCUGAUUAUAGUACAAAUGAUCAAGGAUUUGUUUUAACGUCGAAUUCACAGAGGGAUUUGAUUAAAGAGAGACAAAUUUUGACCUUAAAAAAUGAGAGAUUUAUUGUUCCUGAAGUAAUGUUUAACCCAAGUAUAAUAAAGUUAUCUCAAGCGGGUAUUCAUGAAGCUAUUAUGCAAUCUUUGAAGUUAGUAGAAUCUGAUUUUCAAGAACUUUUUUUAGCAAAUAUUAUUCUUGUUGGAGGUAAUUCAUUUUUUAAAGGAUAUUCUGAAAGACUUAAAAAAGAGCUUCAGUCUUUAGCUCCUGCAUAUUGUAAAAUUGUGAUUUAUCAACCACAUAACCCUGAUACAUUUGCAUGGGUGGGUGGUUCUUCUUUAGCUUGCAAUACUAAAAUAUUUGAUGAAAAAAAAGUUACAAGAGCUGAAUAUAUGGAAUAUGGAAGUAAUAUUUUUUUAAAAAAAAAUGGGUUAAAUUUGAAUAAGGAAUGUGAUUUAAUUUCAUAUGAAUAA